ACAUUUCCUAUAUAAGCCCUGACCCAGAAUCAAGACUGCAGCCAGGGGUAUCGGGACGAUGCUCUGACCAAUGAGCUGCUGGGCCACAGCCAAGCUGGGCUUAUUAUCAGUGAGAGAAAACAGUGUGUGGCUGUGCAGCCAGGCUGGGCUGGGGCAGGGUGCCUUCAGCCUUCAGUCAGGAUGUGUGGGGGAUGUCCGGAGAGCGGAAGAGCUUAGGAGGAAGAAGGCAUCCUCUGUACUUCCCUGAGUAAGAAGGACCCCAGACGCUGCAGCUGUCCUCCUGCGCACAUCUCCAGGCAAGUGGAUCUGGCUCUGGGAUCGAACCUGCAAUCUUGGCGCAUCGUAUGACGGUCUGACCUAAUGUGCUAACUGUCCAGGGCCACUCUUUGCUUCCUUUGAGAGGUGUUUCCGCCCCCUUCCCACGAGGACAUCUGUGAUUACGUCAGAUCAUCUAGGACACCCUCUCCAUCUCAAGGCCAUUGACAAUCACAUCUGUGAAGUCGCUGUUGACACACAGAGCUCCAGGACUGGGCGUAUCCUCCCGGCAUGGCCACCACUGCCCCCUCUCAGCCGCUGCUCACCACCAAGGUCGCCAGUUCUGAGAACAGCACCUCCUUCUAUGACUACGAGGACUACCUGGACCUGGAGGCCUUCCUGCUCUGCAGAAAGGACGAGGUGCUGUACUUCAGCAAAGUCUUCCUGCCGGUCUUCUACAGCCUGGUCUUUGUGCUGGGCCUGGGCGGGAAUCUCCUUCUGCUUGUGGUCCUGCUCCGGUACGUGCCUCGCAGGCGGAUGACAGAGGUCUAUCUGUUGAACCUGGCUAUCUCCAACCUCCUGUUCGUGGUGACCCUGCCCUUCUGGGUCAUCUCCGUGGCCUGGCAUUGGAUCUUUGGGAGUUUUUUGUGCAAGGCGGUGAGCACACUCUAUACCAUCAACCUCUACAGUGGCAUCUUCUUCAUUAGCUGCAUGAGCCUGGACAAGUAUCUAGAGAUCGUCCACGCUCGGGCCCACCACAGGCUGAGGGCCUGGGUCAAGCGCUGGGUCCUUGUUGUCGUGGUCUGGGCUGUGGCCCUGGCUGUCUCCAUCCCCGACAUGAUCUUCGUGCAGACGCAUGAAAACCCCAAGGGCGUGUGGAACUGCUAUCCGGAUUUCGGGGGGCACGGGACCUUCUGGAAGCUCCUUCUGCGCUUCCAGCAGAACAUUCUGGGGUUUCUCCUUCCACUCUUUACCAUGAUCUUCUUCUAUUCCCGCAUCGUCUCGGUCCUGGUGAGGCUAAAGCCCCCAGGCCGGGGCCGGGCUCUGAAGAUAGCCAUCGCCCUGGUGGUGGCCUUCUUCCUGUUCUGGUUCCCGUACAACCUGGUCUUGUUUCUGCACUCGCUGAUGGACCUGAAAGUCCUAUGGGACUGCAAGGUCAGCCGGUACCUGGAUUAUGCACUGCAGGUGACAGAGACCAUUGCCUUCUUUCACUGCUGCUUCACGCCUGUCCUCUACGCCUUCUCCGCCCGCUGCUUUCUUCCGUACCUGAAGGCUUCCCUGGCCACGGUGUGCGGGUGGCACCAUGCACCUUGCCCUCCCCAGGCCCCACUGUCCAGCUGUAGUGAGAGUAGUAACCUCACUGGCCAAGAAGAAAUGACCAGCGUGAAUGACCUUGGGGAGAGGCAGGCUGAGGACUCCCCCAACAAGGAGGGUGUGAGGGAAAAGGAAGCCCAAGUGGCCAUGCUAUAGUCUGAUGAGAGUGGAUGGGACCCAGCUCAGUUGGGCAUCCACCCAAAUUCUUCUCUCCAAGGGUCUCACUGACGAUGUUGCUAAGCCCAGCGGUCAGUUUUCAGCUCUCAGCCAUCACCAGCAUCCGCUCACUCCUUCCAGGACAUCAUACUCCCUGAACUGCUGCAACAGUUGCCCAGCUGACCUCUGUUUCCUAUCGUCAUGCCCUCCUAUCACUGAUUGCAGUGGUCCCCAACCUCUUUGGAACCAGGGACCAGUUUCUGUAACUACCUCUUUGUAAUUCUUAAUCCCCUCACCUCUUCAUUCAUUCCCCCACGCCCGCCUCCCAUCGAGGAACCAUCAAAAUGCUCUCUGGGCCCUGGCUGGUGCGGCUCAGUGGAUUGAGUGCUGGACUGUGAACCAAAUGGUGGCUGGUUUGAUCCCAGUCAGGGCACAUGGCUGGGUUGCGGGCCAGGUCCCCAGUAGGGGGCGCAUGAGAAGCAACCACACAUUGGUGUUUCUCUCCCUCUCUUUCUCCUUCCCUUUCCCUCUCUCUAAAAAUAAA